GAGCCUGGCGGGCGUGCGCCGAGCCACGGCCCGGCCUCCGCGUGCCCCCCGGGCUCCGCACCCCUGAUGCUGCGCGGGUGCUGAGCCCGCCCCGGCCGGGACGAUGGUGAAGUAUUUUCUGGGCCAGAGCGUGCUCCGGAGUUCCUGGGACCAAGUGUUCGCUGCUUUUUGGCAGCGGUACCCGAAUCCCUACAGCAAACAUGUCUUGACGGAAGACAUAGUACACCGGGAGGUGACCCCUGACCAGAAGCUCCUGUCCCGGCGACUCCUGACCAAGACCAACAGGAUGCCUCGCUGGGCUGAGCGACUGUUUCCUGCCAAUGUUGCUCACUCGGUAUACAUCCUGGAGGACUCUAUUGUGGACCCACAGAAUCAGACCAUGACCACCUUCACCUGGAACAUUAACCACGCCCGGCUGAUGGUGGUGGAGGAACGCUGUGUUUACUGUGUGAACUCUGAUAACAGCGGCUGGACCGAAAUCCGCCGGGAAGCCUGGGUCUCCUCGAGCUUGUUUGGUGUCUCCAGAGCUGUCCAGGAAUUUGGUCUGGCCCGGUUUAAAAGCAAUGUGACCAAGACUAUGAAGGGUUUUGAAUACAUCUUGGCUAAGCUGCAAGGUGAGGCCCCUUCCAAAACACUUGUUGAAACCGCCAAGGAAGCCAAGGAAAAAGCAAAGGAGACGGCAUUGGCAGCUACAGAGAAGGCCAAGGACCUUGCCAACAAGGCAGCCACGAAGAAACAGCAGCAGCAGCAACAGUUUGUGUAGCCAGGCCAGGCCCUGCACAGCCAGGCCCUUCCCACCACCACACACCAGAUGAUCUAGCUCCAAUCCCUCUGUCCUAUGCCCAGUGUGCUUUUCUUAUUAAAAAUCACCUUCCAGUCCUAUCCACUGUCUGGGGGUAGGGCGGGUGGGGGCAGGGGUUGUUUGGCAUCUACAGGACACCAAGCACAUUACCCAUGUCUGUGCAGUGCCUGCUUAUUCCCUCAUUGGGCAGCUGAGGACACUGAGGCACAGAGACGUGCAGACUUGCCCAGGGUCACAGCGUGCAGGUGAAGUGGUCAUAGACACUAGACUGUAAGCUCUGCAAGGGCAGGGAUCUUUGUCUGCUCUCUGAUGUGUCCCAAGUACCUGGAACAAUAUCUAGCACAUAACAGGCAUUCAAUAAAUAUUUGUUGAAUUCAA